AUGGCGGAUGCUUUCAAGGCCCGCUCGCUGAAACGAAAGAAUGUCAAGGGGCUUGCUCUCAAUUCGGCCGCUCCAAAGGCUGGCCUGAAGCCCUCUGACGGUGAUGCUCAGAUCCCAGGAGCUAUCGGGAACACAGACGCCAACAGGACGGACACCCUAGAGAUCGGCUUGGAGUUCAAGCUCGACCUGCGGAGCGAAGACCUGAUAGUGCUCAAGGAGCUGGGUGCUGGGAAUGGAGGGACCGUCAGCAAAGUCAUGCACGCGUCGACGAAGGUCGUCAUGGCCAGGAAGAUCAUUAGAGUCGAUGCAAAGGAGAACGUAAGAAAGCAGAUCCUCAGAGAGCUCCAGGUCGGCCACGACUGCAAUUCGGCCCAGAUCGUCACAUUCUACGGAGCCUUCCAGAACGAAGCCAGAGAUAUCGUACUUUGCAUGGAGUACAUGGACUGCGGGUCUCUAGAUCACAUCUCGAAGAACUUUGGCCCCGUCAGAGUUGAUGUGCUGGGCAAGAUUACUGAAUCCAUCUUUGCUGGCCUUGUCUACCUAUACGAAGCCCACCGAAUCAUGCACCGGGAUAUCAAGCCGUCAAACGUUCUAGUGAAUUCAAGAGGCAGCAUCAAGCUAUGUGACUUUGGUGUUGCGACAGAAACAGUAAAUUCGAUAGCAGAUACCUUUGUCGGCACGUCGACUUACAUGGCACCAGAGCGUAUUCAGGGCGGCGCAUAUUCCGUACGGUCUGACGUCUGGAGUGCCGGUUUGACGGUCAUGGAACUCGCGGUUGGAAGAUUCCCGUUCGACACGUCUGAUACCUCCGCGGGAGACAGAGCGAGCGCGGGACCUAUGGGUAUUCUCGACCUACUUCAGCAGAUUGUUCACGAGCCAGCCCCCAAACUUCCCAAGAGCGAUGCCUUUCCCAAGAUAUUAGACGACUUUGUUGCAAAGUGCCUCUUGAAGAAGCCGGAAGAACGACCGACUCCACGACAGCUAUACGCUUCCUACGGUCCCGUAGACAGCUCUUCGACAAUGGGGUUUGAGAAACUAUCACUCAACACUCAGGGCCAAAACUACUCGCCUAGCGGACGAUCCUCCCGCUCUCCCUACCCACACUCCGCUACAUCUACCCAGGGCCCGUUCUCCGUCCCUCGCCCUGCCCCUUCACCAGGCUACCUCUCUACCAGAAACGGCUCUCAGUCCGCUGGCCUUCCACAUCUAGCUGGUCCUCCACCAAAAGGCCCCUUACCAGUACCACCUACAUCCGAUACCUGGCGAAACCAGCAACAGAACAGGAUAUAA